AUGUGGGAUGAAUGCACGUACUUGGUUGAUUGGUUGCUGAAAACGAGAGUCAGGAUUGCUUCCUUCUCCCUUCCCGAGGGACGAAAUCAUGCCAGUCUUCGUGACCCUUUUGCACCUGAGCUUAUUCAGCCAUAUGCCUUAAACUCUGGCGCCACGACAUUUUGCUCCUCUAUCAGAUUAUACGAGGGGGUCUCAUGGCCUGAAUACGAAGAGGCGGAAGAUCUAUACGCGUAA